AUGAAACUGAGAAGGUUGUUCCAAUCGAAUCCAGAAAUGAAUUUGAAGGGUAUGCGAGAACACUUGAAGAAUGAGUAUGGGAUUGAGGUCGACAACAGGAGGUUAUGGAAGGCCAAAGGUGAAAUUGAGGGUGACCAUGUGCAGUCUUAUGGCAAGAUGAGAAGAUAUGCAUCAAUGAUUAUAGCCACCAACCCUGGUAGUACAACUAUUGUGCAAUCUGAGCUAGUAGCUGUGGAAACAAAAACUAUAGAAGAUGGCAAUGAAGCUUCAGAUUCUAUUCCCCCAGUAAUGAAGCCUCAAUUUAAGAGGUGCUUUGUUUGUUAUGAAGGUGUAAAAGCUGGAUUUUUAACUGGAUGCAAACCUUUUUUUGGCCUAGAUGGUUGCCAUCUGAAAAGCCCUUAUAAGGGUAUACUAUUAUCUGCUGUUGGACUCGAUGCAAACAUGCACUUUUAUCCCAUUGCUUAUGCCAUAGUGGAAGCUGAGAAUAAUGAAAGAUGGAAGUGGUUUCUACAGCUUUUAACUGAGGCAAUUGGAGAAAAAGCCAUCAAUGGACAACCUUGGUGCAUAAUGAGUGAUAGACAAAAGGGGUUAAUAGAAGCCGUAAGCACUAUACCAAAUGUUAGCCAUCGUUACUGCUGUUUCCAUAUUGAAAAUAAUAUGGUGAAAGAUUUUGGCACUUCUUACUUGAAAAACUACUUUUGGGCAGCUGCUGAAACGACAAACUUACAAAAAUUUCAUAAUAUUAUGAACCAAAUCAAAUCAUUCAACAAGGAGGCGUACACAUGGUUGUCAAACAUAGAUCCUAAACAUUGGACGAUGAGUUGUUUCGACCCAAAUGUCAAAGUUGAACACUUAACAAACAACCACGUCGAAUCAUUUAAUGACUGGAUAGAAGAGGUUCGCUUCAAGCCUCCAAUAGAUUUGCUAGAAGGCCUUCGAAUCCAGAAUUCAAAUAUGAUGUAUGCAAGGAAGGUCACGGCUGAUAGGUGGCAAGAAAAAUUAACUCCAAAAAUACAACUGAAAGUUACUGAAAUUUUGAAGAAAUCAAGAUUUGCUCAAGUCACUAGAGUAUGGGAUUAUGAGUUUCAAGUGGACUACAAGAACAACAGCUACACUGUGAGAUUAGAUGAAGGUUAUUGUAUUUGUGGUCAGUGGAAAAUUCGAGGGUACCCUUAUGUUCAUGCAGCUGCAUGCAUCAAUAGUAUAAGGGCAAACAUUUAUGACUACUGUUCAAAUUACUUCACAACAGAACAAUGGAGAAAGACUUAUGAAAAAGUCAUACACCCAUUACCAGAUGAGUCCAUGUGGCCUCCUUUUGAGGAUGAACUCCUUUUUCCCCCACCAGUUAGAAGACAACCAGGGAGACCAAAAAAGCAUCGUAGAAGGAAGGUUGCAGGGGAAGAGCGGACCUUGAAACCUAUAUCCAGCUCAAAGACUUGCAAAAAUUGUAAGGAAAUUGGUCAUACUAGACAUACAUGCAAGGCACCUCCAAUUGUAGAACAUCCAGCACCAACAACUCCAGUACAAAGAAGAGGCAGGGGACGAGGUAGAGGAAUAGGUAGGGGCCAAAGCAAGGAUAAGGCAACCACGACUGUUGCACCAAACACAAAUUCUACUCAAGGAAACCGAGGGAGAGGUAGAGGAAGACCCCGUGGUAGAGGUCGUGGUGGCAUUCGUCAUGCAACAAUCCAGGAUAUGGAACAAUCUGAGAAUGAAGUUGAAGAACAUGCUCAAGAAACUGAGGCUGAGGAGUUGACCACAGUUGAGCUACCACUAGAUUUGUUCCAAACUCAACCAACACGGUGA